AGAGGGAUUUGGCUUUCUUUGGGCUCACCACUCUCCAGCUACUCCUUUAUUUUAAACUUUGUCCCAGCUGCUACUAGUCCUCUUCAUUUUCUUUGUUGCUCUCUUGACCCGAACACAAGAAUGUCUUUCCAGACCAUCUGCCAAGGCUCCAAGGGGAGCAGAAGGGGUUACAGCUCAUGCUCUGCUUUUGGUGGCGGCACCGGAGGUGGAAUCAGGCGUAGCUAUUCUUCAUGCAGGGGAUAUGGUGGUGGUAUGAGAGGCCAGUAUGGUAGCAGGAGUCUCCAUAACUAUGGUGGAGUUACAAGGAUUUCCUAUGGAUCUGGCUAUGGAGGGGGCGUCUGUGGGGGAUAUGGUGGUGGCUAUGGAGGAAUAGGUGGAGGCUAUGGAGGAAUAGGAGGUAGCUGUGGAGGAAUGGGAGGUGGCUAUGGAGGAAUAGGGGGUGGUUACGGAGGAAUGGGAGGUGGUUACGGAGGAAUGGGAGGUGGUUAUGGAGGAAUGGGAGGUGGGUUAGGUGGUAGAGGAUUCGGCGGCCUUGGAUCUGGAGGUAUUGGCAGUGUCCAAGUGGAUCCAAAUCUUCUGCGACCGGUCCGGGUAGAUAUUGACCCCCAAAUACAGCAAGUAAAAAAUCAAGAGAAGGAGCAGAUCAAAGUCCUCAACAAUCAGUUUGCUUCCUUCAUUGAUAAGGUUCGCUUUCUGGAGCAACAAAACAAGGUAUUGCAAACCAAAUGGCAAAUCCUCCAACAACAAUCACAAGGCAUUGGCCCAACUAUGAAUCUGGAUGCCCAGUUCCAGCAAUUCCUGAAUAGCUUGAGGAAUCAGAUUGAAAAUAUCCGCAGCCAGAAAGGACAGCUGGCCACAGAACUCCAAAGUAUGCAGCAUUACGUGGAAGACUUCAAGAACAAGUAUGAAGAGGAGAUCAACAGACGCACAACAGCUGAGAAUGAUUUUGUUGUGCUGAAAAAGGAUGUGGAUUGUUCCUAUUUGUCCAAGAGCAACUUGGAAGUAAGAGUUGGUGCUUUGGCUGAGCAGAUUAACUUCCUGAGAAAGAUCUUUGAUGUGGAAAUCUCUCAGUACCAGACUGGAGGCCAAGACACCUCAGUAGUAGUGAGCAUGGAUAAUAAUACCCACUUGAAUUUGGAAGGUAUUAUCGAUGAAGUAAGGAGCCAGUAUGAAGAGAUUGCUCGCAGUAGCCGAGCUGAGGCUGAGUCUUGGUAUCACUCCCAGUUUGAAGCUCUGCAGCACACAGCAGGACGGCAUGGUGACAAUCUGCGCAACACCAGGCAGGAGAUUCAGGAGUUGACUAGGAACAUCCAGAGACUGCGUUCAGAAAUUGAGCAUGUCAAGAAGCAGUGUGCUAAAUUGCAGUCGGACAUCGCUGAAGUCGAGGAACGUGGUGAACUGGCUCUCCGAGAUGCGAAGCAAAAACUGCAUGAUUUGGAAUGCGCCUUGGCGAAAGACAAGGAAGAACUGGCUCGCCUCCUGAAAGAGUACCAAGAGCUGCUAAACGUCAAGCUUGCUCUGGAUAUCGAAAUUGCCAUGUACAGGAAACUGCUGGAAGGAGAAGAGAGCAGGCUUUGUGGCUCAGGAUCUCAAGUCCAUGUCUCUGUGCGGCGUGGUAGCAUUGGAGGUGGAAUUGGCGGUGGCAUUGGCGGCGGCAUUGGCGGCGGACUGGGAGGUGGCAUUUGUGGCGGCAUUGGAAGUGGUGUUGUCGGUAGCAUCGGCGGAGGGAGCUGUGGCUAUGGAAGUGGAGGCUAUGGUGGCAUUAUAAGUGGUGGAGGGGCUGGCGGCUCUGUCUGUGGAGGAGGAGGUGGAUUCUCUCACGGCUCAGGAAGUGGUUCCAGCACUGUCAUCCGAAGAACCACCACGUCCAGCUCGUGCACCAAAUCAAGCGGAAGAUAUUAGGCAUCUCUCCCGGCCCCCCACAAAGGAAAGGAACAUCUUUUAGCUGCUUGUGUAAACGCAACUCUUUCAACCCCAUUCUGGCAACUCAAAAAAGAACAAAUGGUGUCUUCUAAAGCCCAAGAUCUGGUCUCUAUUUACCUCCCAGAGGAAAUCUGCAACCAGUCCCCGCCGAGGAGGUCAUCAUCCAUCUCACUUCUAUUGCUUUCGAUGACCAGUCAUGAAAUGGUAACCAAAUUCCAUUUUAGGACAUCCAAGAGAGAAAUGCUUGAAAGAAAGGGGAGAUGAAUCAACUAUGAAUCUGGGUUUUGCUUCCUUAAGUAUGCUGUACAUAUUUGGCCUAGUUGAUGGCUGCCAAAUAGUGAUGUGCAUGAAAGAGAGCUUUCCUGCCUGGAGUCUUCUUCCGACCAAUGGUUCUCUUCAGUCUUGCUAUAGUUCCCUGCUUCAUUAAGGAGAUCAUUUGUUUUCACUGUAUAUGUCUAGGUCAAUGUUAGGCAGGUCAAACUUGUACUGAUAAGUUAAAUGCCAAUGUUCUCAAACCACCAUCGCAUUUCCACUCAACAGUUGAGUUUGCAGAAAGACAGGGUCCUGCAGAAUCCUGAACAAGCAACAAUUCAUGGUUAGGAAAUCAGGAAUUGAGGACUGUGCUGUGAAAACAUUCAAUCUUGUGCCAGUUUUGUGGAUUAUGUUGCACCUAUCUUCAUUUCUUAGGCUUUCUUUCCCAUUUUCUUAGAAGCUGAUCAUUUUCAAUAAACUGCAGUCAAGUUAGAUGUUGUCUCAUUUUU